CUCGGUCAGCGAUUACACACGUCUGAAAACAUGGCGAAUUUUGUGGAGGCAACAUCCUCGCAGCAGUUUGAGGACUUGCUAUCAAAGGCUGGCAAGUAUGUACAUCAUUUCAUAAUAUGACAUUUAAGCAAUUAGCUAUUGAAUGAGUUUAAUUCAAAUAUACCUAGUAUGAUAUUUAGCUUGCUAUGAUAGCUACUUUUAUGUUAUAUCGACAUCUAGCAAGCUAGCGUGAUGUAGCUUCACCCUUUUAGGUAACGUUAACUAGCUAUCUAGCUGCUCCAAAUGAAAGUAUAACUAGCUAGCCAUUUGAGCGAAUAUUUGCUUUAGCAUGUCGUCGGACGACAACGAACUUGGACAUCUAGCUAACUAAUAACAUACAUUUUUAUUGUACAAGGUGUGAAUGUAAUUGAUCAUUGUACAUGCUGAUGCGUUUAUCUGAUAUGAACUGUCACGCUCUGCGUCUUGAACUCGUGUGGAAUUCUUGUCAUGAGAUUUACAUUUAACAUUUAACAUUUUACAUCAUUUAGCAGACGCUCUUAUCCAGAGCGACUUACAUAUUGGUGCAUUCACCUUAUGAUAGCCAGUGGGACAACCACUUUACAAUUAUUAUUGAUAUGUCUGCCAGACAUGCAGAGAUGUGAUUCGCCACCUGGUUAUCAGAAGGGGGAAAGGAGAAGAUGACGGGGCUAGGCGAGCCUUUCUAUUAGGCAGACAUACUUUUCUAUGCCUUAUAAUGUAGGACAAGCCCCCAUAUGAAAGUGAGCGAUUAACUCCUUAUCAGACAUGACUAGUGUUAUCCCACAUAACAGAGGUACUCCCGAGUGGCGCAGUGGCGCAUCUCUAGUAGCUGUGCCACUAGAGAUCCUGGUUCGAAUCCAGGCUCUGUCGUAGCCGGCCGUGACCGGGAGACCAAUUGGGCGGCGCACAAUUGGCCCAGCGUCGUCCAGGUUAGGGGAGGGAACGGCCGGCAGGGAUGUAGUUCAGUUGGUAGAGCAUGGCGUUUGCAACGCCAGGGUUGUGGGUUCAUUUCCCACGGGGGGCCAGUAUAAAAAUAAUAAUAAUAAUAACAACAACAAAAAAACAUGUAAUGUAUGCACUCACUGUAAGUCGCUCUGGAUAAGAGCGUCUGCUAAAGGACUAAAAUGUAAAAUGUAAAUGUAAAAAUAACAUCACAUGCCCAUUUCAGAAUUAUGAAGCUAACUAGGUCCAUUCAGUUAUUGUGCUCUUGAAAUCCGUCAUCAAAAGUAGGCUAUAAAAUAAUAUUUAAUUCCAGAAGAUUCCUGUUAUGAUCCACUGUCCUAGUCAUGUGAUGUUCAGUUGGUCAGCGAUCUCGUGCAUGAUCAUCACUGUAUGGGAGGUAAGAAUUAGUGGAUGACAACAACGUCAAUUAUCUAGGCCUACUGAUGGUGGACAGUAGCUGGCAAGUGUGCGUGCAUGUCCCACAUCUUUAGCAUAUGAAUCUGCGUGUCUAUAAAGUUGUGCUGUUUUAGACCUAUUGCUAUUCUGAGAUCUGACACCUGUCUCUUCCUUGAGCCUCACCGGUGUACCCACGGCCUUACACCAUUCCAAUAUAAUAAUAUAAUAUAUAAUAUGCCAUUUAGCAGACGCUUUUAUCCAAAGCGACUUACAGUCAUGCGUGCAUACAUUUUUUUUGUGUAUGGGUGGUCCCGGGGAUCGAACCCACUACCUUGGCGUUACAAGCGCCGUGCUCUACCAGCUGAGCUACAGAGGACCACAAUCUAAUGUAACUUCUCUGUUCCACCAGGUUCUUGACAGUGGUCCACUUCCAGGCAGCAUGGGCCCCACAGUGCAGUCAGAUGAACGAUGUGAUGGGAGAGCUGGCAAAGGAGAACAAACACACCAUGUUUGUCAAGGUACAUACUGUAAUAUGCCUUGUGAUGGAUGUUACACGAUGCCUGAUGCACAUAAUAUACCUUGUGAUGGAUGUUACACGAUGCCUGAUGCACUUAAUAUACCUUGUGAUGGAUAAUAUACCUUGUGAUGGAUGUUACACGAUGCCUGAUGCACAUAAUAUACCUUGUGAUGGAUGUUACACGAUGCCUGAUGCACUUAAUAUACCUUGUGAUGGAUAAUAUACCUUGUGAUGGAUGUUACACGAUGCCUGAUGCACAUAAUAUACCUUGUGAUGGAUGUUACACGAUGCCUGAUGCACAUAAUAUACCUUGUGAUGGAUGUUACACGAUGCCUGAUGCACUUAAUAUACCUUGUGAUGGAUAAUAUACCUUGUGAUGGAUGUUACACGAUGCCUGAUGCACAUAAUAUACCUUGUGAUGGAUGUUACACGAUGCCUGAUGCACUUAAUAUACCUUGUGAUGGAUAAUAUACCUUGUGAUGGAUGUUACACGAUGCCUGAUGCACAUAAUAUACCUUGUGAUGGAUAAUAUACCUUGUGAUGGAUGUUACACGAUGCCUGAUGCACUUAAUAUACCUUGCGAUGGAUGUUACAUGUAGUGAUGUUAAAUGUAAUACCGGAGCUCUGAGACGUGUGAAAAUUGCUAAGCAGUUAACUUCAAAGCAGUGUGUCGAUGCGUGGAUCACUUUUUCAGAAGUACCAAGCUGCUUUCAAACACUGACCUCUACUGGACACCGUAGUUACAUAUAUAGUUAGGAUGUUGUACAGAAAGUUUCACCUGACCGGUAGCUUAGCAGGUAGAGUAGGGAACUUUGGAGCAUUCAGGGACUUGAGGGUCGUGAGGUCGAAUCAUGUUGAAGGCACACUAUUUUGAAAAUUGUUUUAUGUGAAACCACACUUUCUGUUGUUCAAAUAAUUUGUUUUAUUUCGUUUAGUAUAUGCUUCUGUCUUAAGCAUCCUAAAUAAUGCCAUAGAUUCAGUUUUAGAAAAAUUGUAAUCUUGAAGGCAAAAAAGGGAAGCAUGAUGUGAGAUGGGAACCUGCUAUUCCACCUGAUUAUAGGCUACUAAAGACAACGACUGACCUCUGUACAUUGUGAUACAUAUGACAGCCAACUUUCUGACUCCGCCCAUAACUUUUGGACUUUAUAGCGUUCCCAGAAGGCAUGGAUUAUUGAGUCAUUAGUAGUUUUACACUUACAGUGGGGAAAAAAAGUAUUUAGUCAGCCACCAAUUGUGCAAGUUCUCCCACUUAAAAAGAUGAGAGGCCUGUAAUUUUCAUCAUAGGUACACGUCAACUAUGACAGACAAAUUGAGAAUUUUUUUCUCCAGAAAAUCACAUUGUAGGAUUUUUUAAUGAAUUUAUUUGCAAAUUAUGGUGGAAAAUAAGUAUUUAGUCACCUACAAACAAGCAAGAUUUCUGGCUCUCACAGACCUGUGACUUCUUCUUUAAGAGGCUCCUCUGUCCUCCACUCGUUACCUGUAUUAAUGGCACCUGUUUGAACUUGUUAUCAGUAUAAAAGACACCUGUCCACAACCUCAAACAGUCACACUCCAAACUCCACUAUGGCCAAGACCAAAGAACUGUCAAAGGACACCAGAAACAAAAUUGUAGACCUGCACUAGGCUGGGAAGACUGAAUCUGCAAUAGGUAAGCAGCUUGGUUUGAAGAAAUCAACUGUGGGAGCAAUUAUUAGGAAAUGGAAGACAUACAAGACCACUGAUAAUCUCCCUCGAUCUGGGGCUCCACGCAAGAUCUCACCCCGUGGGGUCAAAAUGAUCACAAGAACGGUGAGCAAAAAUCCCAGAACCACACGGGGGGACCGAGUGAAUGACCUGCAGAGAGCUGGGACCAAAGUAACAAAGCCUACCAUCAGUAACACACUACGCCGCCAGGGACUUAAAUCCUGCAGUGCCAGACGUGUCCCCCUGCUUAAGCCAGUACAUGUCCAGGCCCGUCUGAAGUUUGCUAGAGUGCAUUUGGAUGAUCCAGAAGAGGAUUGGGAGAAUGUCAUAUGGUCAGAUGAAACCAAAAUAGAACUUUUUGGUAAAAACUCAACUCGUCGUGUUUGGAGGACAAAGAAUGCUGAGUUGCAUCCAAAGAACACCAUACCUACUGUGAAGCAUGGGGGUGGAAACAUCAUGCUUUGGGGCUGUUUUUCUGCAAAGGGACCAGGACGACUGAUCCGUGUAAAGGAAAGAAUGAAUGGGGCCAUGUAUCGUGAGAUUUUGAGUGAAAACCUCCUUCCAUCAGCAAGGGCAUUGAAGAUGAAACGUGGCUGGGUCUUUCAGCAUGACAAUGAUCCCAAACACACCGCCCGGGCAACGAAGGAGUGGCUUCGUAAGAAGCAUUUCAAGGUCCUGGAGUGGCCUAGCCAGUCUCCAGAUCUCAACCCCAUAGAAAAUCUUUGGAGGGAGUUGAAAGUCCGUGUUGCCCAGCGACAGCCCCAAAACAUCACUGCUCUAGAGGAGAUCUGCAUGGAGGAAUGGGCCAAAAUACCAGCAACAGUGUGUGAAAACCUUGUGAAGACUUACAGAAAACGUUUGACCUGUGUCAUUGCCAACAAAGGGUAUAUAAGAAAGUAUUGAGAAACUUUUGUUAUUGACCAAAUACUUAUUUUCCACCAUAAUUUGCAAAUAAAUUCAUUAAAAAUCCGACAAUGUGAUUUUCUGGAUUUUUUUUCCUCAAUUUGUCUGUCAUAGUUGACGUGUACCUAUGAUGAAAAUUACCGGCCUCUCUCAUCUUUUUAAGUGGGAGAACUUGCACAAUUGGUGGCUGACUCAAUACUUUUUUUUCCCACUGUACAUUUACAUUUUUGUCAUUUAGCAGACACUCUUAUCCAGAGCGACUUACAGUUAGUGCAUACAUUUUUAUUUAUCAUAGUAGCCCCCCGUGGGAAUCGAACCCACAACCCUGGCGUUGCAAACGCCAUGCUCUACCAACUGAGCUACAUCCCUGCCGGCCAUUCCCUCCCCUACCCUGGGCCAAUUGUGCGCCGCCCCAUGGGUCUCCCGGUCGCGGCCGGCUACGACAGAGCCUGGAUUCGAACCAGGAUCUCUAGUGGCACAGCUAGCACUGUGAUGCAGUGCCUUAGACCACUGCGCCACUCGGGAGAAAGACUUCAGACAUGACUCUGCCGUUGUGCUGUAGAAUUUUGUCUCUUGUAAAAUACAUUCUAUACAUUAAGUUAUGCUAGAUUAAGUGUCACUUUUCGUUACCUGUAAUUUUGUUAGUUACUUUCCAACAUUCCCUCUAAUAGUAGUUAUUUUUAAGUCUUGGUUCCAAUGAGAGCUGUGACUGCCGGUUCUCACAGUAAUUGACUGUUAAUUAACAUAAACACAUUUAGCAUCUCUUGGCCUCCAGCAAACCUCUUUAAAAAAAAAGUCUAAUAAACAAAUGUAAAAUACACCAUCACAGUAAAUCCAUUAUUUAUUGUAGUCAGGUCUAAAUAAAUAUUAUGAUAUGAAGAAAAUGUAUUUCAGAAGAACAGAAUAUGAGUUAGCCUACUGUAUGUUAUCUGGCUAUACUCCAUGCCAUAGGUUGUAUGGUUGUUCAUUUAGCAGACAAGAUACGCUUAUAAGUCUCGUGCCAUUAUUUUAUAUGAUUUUAUAGUAAGAAGAAUACAAUUGAACUUAGCUGAAUAAAAUAUAAAUAAUAUUUUUCCCAUUACGGAGCAAGUGCUCAUAUGACGUGGCUAUAUGGAGCGUAAAAGUGAUCACUUGAAACAGGUCAUAUAUGCUAGAUUUAGAGUUAUUUGGCAGCUUUAGUUCUGAAUGAUACAAACCUGAGAAUGUCUUAGAAAUCUAAAGAUAUCUGGGCUGCAUGGUGAUAUCUGGGCUGCAUGGUGAUAUCUGGGCUGCAUGGUGAUAUCUGGGCUGCAUGGUGAUAUCUGGGCUGCAUGGUGAUAUAUGGGCUGCAUGGUGAUAUAUGGGCUGCAUGGUGAUAUAUGGGCUGCAUGGUGAUAUAUGGGCUGCAUGGUGAUAUAUGGGCUGCAUGGUGAUAUAUGGGCUGCAUGGUGAUGUAUGGGCUGCAUGGUGAUAUAUGGGCUGCAUGGUGAUAUAUGGGCUGCAUGGUGAUAUUUGGGCUGCAUGGUGAUAUCUGGGCUGCAUGGUGAUAUCUGGGCUGCAUGGUGAUAUCUGGGCUGCAUGGUGAUGUAUGGGCUGCAUGGUGAUGUAUGGGCUGCAUGGUGAUGUAUGGGCUGCAUGGUGAUAUCUGGGCUGCAUGGUGAUAUCUGGGCUGCAUGGUGAUAUCUGGGCUGCAUGGUGAUAUCUGGGCUGCAUGGUGAUAUAUGGGCUGCAUGGUGAUAUCUGGGCUGCAUGGUGAUAUCUGGGCUGCAUGGUGAUAUCUGGGCUGCAUGGUGAUAUCUGGGCUGCAUGGUGAUAUCUGGGCUGCAUGGUGAUAUCUGGGCUGCAUGGUGAUAUAUGGGCUGCAUGGUGAUAUAUGGGCUGCAUGGUGAUAUAUGGGCUGCAUGGUGAUAUAUGGGCUGCAUGGUGAUAUUUGGGCUGCAUGGUGAUAUUUGGGCUGCAUGGUGAUAUAUGGGCUGCAUGGUGAUAUCUGGGCUGCAUGGUGAUAUAUGGGCUGCAUGGUGAUAUAUGGGCUGCAUGGUGAUAUCUGGGCUGCAUGGUGAUAUAUGGGCUGCAUGGUGAUAUAUGGGCUGCAUGGUGAUAUAUGGGCUGCAUGGUGAUAUCUGGGCUGCAUGGUGAUAUCUGGGCUGCAUGAUGCGACUAGAGGAUAUUGAUGAUUUGAGAAAGUAGCAAACAAAAAAAGCUUGCUCUGUUCCUCACCUCAGACUGCACAGCUGUUCUCUCAUCAAGUGAUCAUAUUUUCACCCAUCAGACUAUUCUCAAUUUAAUCUUUACUAAUAUGUAAAAUGAGUUUAGAUUUAGAAUGGCCCAUUUAUCAAAUGAACAGGGGCAGGAGAAAAAAAUACAUGUAAUCUGUGUUGACUGGAAUAGCGAAUGGAGGCGGCGCGCUUUCCCACCGGUCCGUUCUGUAGGUUACUGUGGUUUUAUAGCGGAGCAGGUUAAUACGAGCAGCUGGGAAAUAAAUAUAAGACCUCUUAUUUCACUCCACACAUCAACCACUGUUUGAGGAGCACGCUCUCACUGCCCCGACCAGGUGAUAUUCCGCCCAAACUCCGUAUGCCAUGGGCUCUCCAACCCUGUUCCUCCAGCUACCCAGUACUCUGUAUGCCAUGGGCUCUCCAACCCUGUUCCUCCAGCUACCCAGUACUCUGUAUGCCAUGGGCUCUCCAACCCUGUUCCUCCAGCUACCCAGUACUCCGUAUGCCAUGGGCUCUCCAACCCUGUUCCUCCAGCUACCCAGUACUCCGUAUGCCAUGGGCUCUCCAACCCUGUUCCUCCAGCUACCCAGUACUCUGUAUGCCAUGGGCUCUCCAAUCCUGUUUCUGCAGCUACCCAGUACUCCGUAUGCCGUGGGCUCUCCAACCCUGUUCCUCCAGCUACCCAGUACUCUGUAUGCCAUGGGCUCUCCAACCCUGUUCCUCCAGCUACCCAGUACUCUGUAUGCCACGGGCUCUCCAACCUUGUUUCUGCAGCUACCCAGUGCUUCAUUUUGGGAAACCAAGUUAAAUCUGUUCGGGAACAUCGCAACAAAACAUAUUUCACUGAACUGUUGACAGCCCGUCUCUCUGCGCACUGGAGAAAGGAAUAAAGGAGAGAGGAGGAGAUGGAAACGCAUGGUGGUGAGAUGCUGUAUAGCUAAAGGUAAUGUCACCCAAUUAAUUAUGAAUAUAUAAAAAUUCCCUAUUACUAGGCUAUUCAAAUACAAAUUCACUAAUUGUAGGCUAACUGUAAGCCGCCCUGCACAAUCAAUGAACCAACAGCAUUGCCUAGGGCUAUACGUUCUCUCCCAGACUAGUGGAUAGACAUUUUGGAGCGUAGCAUAAGGUAACCAGUCCAUCCAGUAUGCAUAAUAAUACUGUCCACACUCAAAGGCCAUUACUAGAAUUGUGUUGAAUCUUGGAGUGUAGGCCUAUGCGCAUAAGCUCUAAUAUACAUAUGAGUGUUUUGAAUUAAUCAUCACCUUAGAAAGCGCUGUCAAUUUUUUUUGUGUUAGCCUUUGAAACAACAUCCACAGCAACCAUGUUUUACACUGUUUCAACCUGCUGUUGAACUUUAUUCUUCAAAUUGAUCAUCACAGUGAGGUGAGUUUUAAAAGUAAGACAGGCCUACUGUUUUAAUGGUGAGUGUUUGAUGUGAUUUUUUUUUAUUGCAUUUGCAUUGAUGUCAGAGUGGUUAGAGGGACAAUAGAGCCCUGAGUACCAGGCCAUUCGGACCUUGAUGGUAGUUAGCGAGUUAGGUUCUACCAAAGCAUGUCCGGAGUGCAUAAGAGGAGAUUACUGUAAGUCGCUCUGGAUAAGAGCGUCUGCUAAAUGACUAAUUAUUUAUAAUUUAUUAUUACCAUGACUCAACAACGGUCACAUGGCAUUUUGGAAUUUUACUGCGGUCUUGACUGAUGACUGCCCUUGUGGCGGAAAUAUGGUCACUGCAAAAGCCCUAGUUCCAAUUUCUAUUGUUUUCUAAGAGGUUGUCAGUUGGACAGACUCUCUGCAAGGUUUUGUAUACCUUACCUACAAUCUGAGUAUCAUUUUCUGACUAAAAUAGGAUUCCCUCAAGAUUGCUCUGAUGGUCCAAAAGAUUUCUAAUUGAAAUUUCUUGAUAUGAAACUUUUAAGUUGCAUGUAUUUGAAAAUAUCUACAUUGGUCAGUCCAAAAUUGAUUUUACAUUUUGUCAUGGAAAUACAUGUAUUUCCUGUUACCAAGUAAUUCACGGUUUCUAUGCCUUUUUAGUUUUCCAUGUGGACCAAUUUAUCGGUGAAUUCUGAAAAGCUAUCCAAGGAUUGUUUCAUAGGGUUGUGUUUUUUGGGAGUGAUAUUGGUUCUUGUAGAAUGCGUAGAAUUUUCUUCCAUAUUGUUAUAGUGUUCUUAACUAUGAAGUUGUUAAUGGUCUUUAGAUUUAUCCUUUGAAAAUAGACGUGAAAAUAUUUUGGGGGUGAGCAUGUGCAUCUUCAAUAUGUACGCAUUGUUCCUCUUUAGUGCAUUUAGCACUAAAGUAAAAGCCUUGGGUGGUGAGUUUAAAACCACACUCAGACUUAGGAAGAUGUACAACUUUCCAUCUUAUUCUAUGAGUUUUAUUUGGUCAUAUAAAAUCUGUUAUGGCCGAGCAUACUUUUUUAAAAGAACGUCUUCGGUGGGGUAAUUGGUAUUACCCAGAAUAAAUACAAUGACUCUGGGAGCCAUGCCAUUCUGAAGACGUUUAUUCUACCUGUAAGAUUUAUGGGAAGAUUGUUCCAUUUAAUUAGAUCUGCUUUCAUAUUGUUGAGUAAUGGGAUAAAGGGAUUUUUAUAUAUUUGUUUGUUGUCACUUAUUAAUCAUGCGAAGUAUGAUCUUUUUUUGUGGUCCACUUAAAGGACUGCUGUAGACAACAACAACAACAACAACACGCCAUUUAGCAGACGCUUUUAUCCAAAGCGACUUACAGUCAUGCGUACAUACAUUUUUACGUAUGUGUGGUCCCGGGGAUCGAACCCACUACCCUGAGCGUUACAAGCACCGUGCUCUACCAGCUGAGCUACAGAGGACCAAGCACCGUGCUCUACCAGCUGAGCUACAGAGGACCAAGCGCCGUGCUCUACCAGCUGAGUUACAGAGGACCAGAGGACCACGUAGAUCAUGAGUUAUUGUUUUUCCUAUUGCCAUUAUUUCCAUUUUUUCCACAUUCAUUUUAUAUCCUGAGAUUUGAGAGUAUUCUGAAAAGAUGUAGUGUUCCCUUUGUAGUGCACUGCUUUUGACCAGAGCCCAUAGGUGCAAAGUAGUGCACUAGCGAUUUAGGGAAUACGGUGCCGUUUCAAAUCACAUUUUAUUUGUCACAUCCGAAUACUUUUAAAUUUUAGUCAUUUAGCAGACGGUCUUAUCCAGAGCGACUCACAGUUAGUGAGUGCAUACAUUUUUCAUACUGGAGAGAGAGAGAGAAUACAACAAGUGUAGACUUUACCGUGAAAUGCUUAACUACGAGCCCCUUUCCCAACAAUGCAGUUAAAAAGUAGAAAAUUAACAAAUAGAUAAAAAUAAGAUAGUAACACAUUUGGAACUCUGGUCAGGGACUCCGUCAUAAUGCCUCUCCCUCUCCUGGGACCCAGAGGAUCUGCCUGGUAGUGAUAUUCUCUCUUUCUCUCUGUCUCUGUUCCUCUCUCUCUGUCACUCUGUCUCUCUGUCUCUCUGUCUCUCUGUCUCUCUGUCUCUGUCUCUCUGUUUCUCUCUGUCUCUUCUCUCUCUAUCUGUCUCUCUGUCUCUGUCUCUCUCUCUCUCUCUCUGUCACUCUGUCUCUGUUCCUCUCUCUCUGUCUGCCUGGUUCAUGUCUGAUUAGACCUGUGGUAUAGGGGUGGGAGAGGGGGGGGCGAUACGAUAAAGACUUAUGGCUUGUGUACAGUGAUCAAGGAGAGAUAUGCUAUCCUUUUUCAUAAUGACGUAGGCCUAACCAGUAGAUUUGAUAUUUGAUCCAACACUGCAAAAAUCGUACACUGCAAAAUCGUACACUGCAAUCGUACACUGAUCGUACACUGCAAAAGAGCUGUUUUCUUAAUUUGUGUUUCAAGUUAUUUUUUCCCCCCAUACACAUUUAUUAACAAUAUUCCUAUAGACUCCAAUAUGAGUAUUUUCUUCCUGUACCCAGCCUAGGUUGUCUUUAAUCAAUCAAUAUCACUGUUAUUGCCCAUGUCACAUGGAAACAAGCAUUUGGCUAUACAUAUUUAGUGACUAUAUGUCGCCACCCUCAUAGCUAUAUUUCACUGCGUGAAUGUAGGUAGUGUUCACAGAGCCUAUAAGUGACUGUCAGUCAUAAUGCUACGCCCCAUGGGGCAGCAGCACCAACAGCAGAGUUGGCUCCAGGCAGGAAAUAAGUGAUGUCUGUAAUCGCCCGUCUGUAAUGGCUGGCUGCGACAACCUGGGUCAGUGAUUUAUGGAUUUCAAUAUGUGCCAGCUAAAUAUGAUUGAACAUUCUCUGGGUCAGUAGUGCAUCAAUGUUGGUUCUCCUUUCCUCUGCCUUGGGGGGCAUUUCUGGGAAUUCAUGGUGAAAUACAAACCUUCAAAGCCCUGUUUGUGUGAUGGUCCAGUGUUGGAAGGUAGCUAACUUGACCUGGAAUCCUCGGUGAAGUCUUUAAAAAAAAAAAAAACUCAAAGAAAUCAGAAACAUCAUUGUUUUUAGACAUGAAAUUGAACGUGAUCUUUUUUUUUAACGAUGUAAAGUAAAGGCCAACUUGAACUGUUUUAUUCUACUGUUUUAGUUUGAGGUGCGUGAUCACGCUAGUCCCCUUCAUUUGGUCCUGGUGGAUUGCCACAGCACUGUCAAGAACAAAGCGACUAUCCAUCACCAAUCACAGAUCACAACACCCCGAGCAGAGCAGGAGAUGGUGCUACUCUGCUCUCUCAUUUGUCUUGCUUGUUAGAAAUAUCAAAGUGGUGAAUGUGUGCUUUAUUUUCUCCCUGAAGGGUGAUGCCUCCUGGCUAAAUACAUCUAGUGUUGAGGGGGGACUGGAGUGGGGUUCAGGGGGCUUCUUCAUUGUUUGUUGGCUUGGAAAGGGAACAAAGGGGAAUCAGCAUUGUGUGGAUGAUCCCUCAUUCACUCUAUCUCUUUCUUCAUUCCCCUUCCCUUCCCUUCCCCUCUCUUCCCUUCCCUUGCUUUGUCCUCUCUCUCUCUCUCUCCAUCCCUUCCUCCCUCCUUCUCUCCUCUCUCUCCUAUAGCUGGAGGCAGAAGCAGUGCCAGAGGUAUCAGAGAAAUAUGAGAUUGCCUCAGUACCUACCUUCCUCUUCUUUAAGGUGAGUCUUAUUACCUCAGUCCCUACCUUCCUCUUCUUUAAGGUGAGUCUUAUUACCUCAGUCCCAACCUUCCUCUUCUUUAAGGUGAGUCUUAUUACCUCAGUCCCAACCUUCCUCUUCUUUAAGGUGAGUCUUAUUACCUCAGUCCCUACCUUCCUCUUCUUUAAGGUGAGUCUUAUUACCUCAGUCUCAACCUUCCUCUUCUUUAAGGUGAGUCUUAUUACCUCAGUCUCAACCUUCCUCUUCUUUAAGGUGAGUCUUAUUACCUCAGUCCCAACCUUCCUCUUCUUUAAGGUGAGUCUUAUUACCUCAGUCCCUACCUUCCUCUUCUUUAAGGUGAGUCUUAUUACCUCAGUCCCUUCCGUCCUCUUCUUUAAGGUGAGUCUUAUUACCUCAGUCCCUACCGUCCUCUUCUUUAAGGUGAGUCUUAUUACCUCAGUCCCUACCUUCCUCUUCUUUAAGGUGAGUCUUAUUACCUCAGUCCCUACCUUCCUCUUCUUUAAGGUGAGUCUUAUUACCUCAGUCCCUACCGUCCUCUUCUUUAAUGUGAGUCUUAAAAUUGGAAUCUUUAACAUUAAGUAAAAUCCCUAACCGAAAAACAAAUAUACACUACAUUACCAAAAGUAUGUGGAGACCCCUUCAAAUGAGUGGAUUUGGGUAUUUCAGCCACACCUGUUGCUGACAGCCAUGCAAUCUCCAUAGACAAACAUUGGCAGUAGAAUGGCCCGUACUGAAGAGCUCAGUGACUGUCAACGUGGCACAGUCAUAGGAUGCCACCUUUCCAACAAGGCACUUCAUCAAAUUUCUGCCCUGCUAGAACUGCCCAUGUCAACUGUAAGUGCUGUUUUUGUGAAGUAGAAACAUCUAGGAGCAACAAUGGCUCAACUGCGAAGUGGUAGGCCACACAAGCUCACAGAACAGAAAAAUAAUCUGUCCUCGGUUUGCAACACUCACUACCGAGUUCCAAACUGCCUCUGGAAGCAACGUCAGCACAAGAACUGUUCGUCAGGAGCUUCAUGAAAUGGGUUUCCAUGGCUGAGCAGCCACACACAAGCCUAAGAUCACCUUGUGCAAUGCCAAGCGUCGGGUUGAGUGGUGUAAAGCUCACCACCAUUGGACUCUGGAGCAGUGGAAACGCGUUCUCUGGAGUGAUGAAUCACGCAUCACCAUCUGGCAGUCCGACGGACAAAUCUGGGUUUGGCGGAUGGCAGGAGAACGCUACCUGCCCCAAUGCAUAGUGCCAACUGUCAAGUUUGGUGGAGGAGGGAUAAUGGUCUGGGGCUGUUUUUCAUGGUUCAGGCUAGGCCCCUUAGUUCCACUGAAGAUACUUUUUAAUGCUACAGCAUACAAUUACGUUCUAGACGAUUCAGUGCUUCCAACUUUGUGGCAACAGUUUGGGGUAGGCCCUUUACUGUUUCAGCAUGAUAAUGCCCAUGUGCACAAAGCGAGGUCCAUACAUAAAUGGUUUGACGAGAUCGGUGUGGAAGAACUUGACUGGCCUGCACAGAACCCUGACCUCAACCACAUCGACCAAUGCUGUAGGCCUAUACAGUGCAUUCGGAAAGUAUUCAGACCCCUUGCUUUUCCACAUUUUGUUACAUUACAGCCUUAUUCUAGAAUGGAUUUCCUCAUCAAUCCACUCACAAUACAAUUUAAUGACAAAGCAAAUACAGGUGUUUAGAAAUGUUAGUAAAUAAAGAACACGCUACCUUUCAAAAGUUUGGGGUCACUUAGAAAUGUCCUUGUUUUCGAAAUAAAAUAUAUAUUUCUGUCCAUUAAAAUAACAUAUAAUAUAUCAGAAAUACAGUGUAGACAUUGUUAAUGUUGUAAAUGGCUAUUGUAGCUGGAAACGGCUGAUUUGUAGUGGAAUAUCUACAUAGGCGUACAGAGGCCCAUUAUCAGCAACCAUCAGUCCUGUGUUCCAAUGGAACGGUGUGUUUGCUAAUCCAAGUUUAUCAUUUUAAAAGGCUAAUUGAUCGUUAGAAAACCCUUUUGCAAUUUUGUUAGCACAGCUGAAAACUGUUGUGCUGAUUAAAGAAGCAAUAAAACAGGCCUUCUUGAGACUAGUUGAGUAUCUGGAGCAUCAGCAAUUGUGGGUUCGAUUACAGGAUCAAAAUAGCCAGAAACAAAUAUCUUUCUUCUGAAACUCGUCAAUCUAUUCUUGUUCUGAGAAAUGAAGGCUAUUCCAUGCGAGAGAUUGCCAAGAAACUGAAGAUCUCGUUUAACGCUGUGUACUACUCCCUUCACAGAACAGCGCAAACUGGCUCUAACCAGAAUAGAAAGAGGAGUGGGAGGCCCCGGUACACAACUGAGCAAGAGGACAAAUACAUUAGUGUCUAGUUUGAGAAACAGACUCCUCACAGGUCCUCAACUGGCAGCUUCAUUUAAUAGUACCCGCAAAACACCAGUCUCAACGUCAACAGUGAAGAGGCGACUCCGGGAUGCUGACCUUCUAGGCAGAGUUGCAAAGAAAAAGCCAUAUCUCAGACUGACCAAUAAAAAGAAAAGAUGGGCAAAAGAACAGACACUGGACAGACGAAUCGAAGUUUGAGGUGUUCGGAUCACAAAGAAGAAGACCAAAUGAAAAGAUGCUGGAGGAGUGCUUGAUGCCAUCUGUCAAGCAUGGUGGAGGCAAUGUGAUGGUCUGGGGGUGCUUUGGUGGUGGUGAAGUGGGAGAUUUGUACAAGGUAAAAGGGGUCUUGAAGAAGGAAGGCUAUCACUCCAUUUUGCAAUGCCAUGCCAUACCCUGUGGACGGCGCUUGAUUGGAGCCAAUUUCCUCCUACAACAGGACAAUGACCCAAAGCACAGCUCCAAACUAUGCAAUAACUAUUUAGGGAAGAAGCAGUCAGCUGGUAUUCUGUCUAUAAUGGAGUGGCCAGCACAGUCACCGGAUCUCAACCCUAUUGAGCUGUUGUGGGAGCAGCUUGACCGUAUGGUACGUAAGAAGUGCCCAUCAAGCCAAUCCAACUUGUGGGAGGUGCUUCAGGAAGCAUGGGGUGAAGUCUCUUCAGAUUACCUCAACAAAUUGACAACUAGAAUGCCAAAGGUCUGCAAGGCUGUAAUUGCUGCAAAUGGAAGAUUGUGAAGGACACAAUUAUUAUUUCAAUUAAAAAUCAUUAUUUCUAACCUUGUCAAUGACUACAUUUCCUAUGCAUUUUGCUAUAUUUCCUAUUCAAACUCAUUUCAUGUAUGUUUUCAUGGAAAACAAGGACAUUUCUAAGUGACAACAAACUUUUGAACAGUAGUUUACCUUAUUUACAUAAGUAUUCAGACCCUUUGCUAUGAGACUCAAUUGAGCUCAGGUGAAUCUUGUUUCCAUUGAUGAUCCUUGAGAUGUUUCUACAACUUGAUUGGAGUCCACCUGUGGUAAAUUCAAUUGAUUGGACAACAUUUGGAAAGGCACACACCUGUAUAUAUAAGGUCCCACAGUUGACAGUGCAUGUCAGAGCAAAAACCAAGCCAUGAAGUCGAAGGAAUUGUCCGUAGAGCUCAGAGACAGGGUUGUGUCGAGGCACAGAUCUGGGGAAGGGUACCAAGAAAUGUAUGCAGCAUUGAAGGUCCCCAAGAACACAGUGUCAUCAAUCUUUCUUAAAUGGAAGAAGUUUGGAACCACCAAGACUCUUCCUAUAGCUGGCCGCCUGGCCAAACUGAGCAAUCGGGUGAGAAGGGCCUUGGUCAGGGAGGUGACCAAGAACCUGACGGUCACGCUGACAUCGCUUCUGAAUACCAAGCGUCACGUCUGGAGGAAACCUGGCACCAUCCCUACGGUGAAGCAUGGUGGUGGCAGCAUCAUGCUGUGGGGAUGUUUUUCAGCGGCAGGGACUGGGGGACUAGUCAGGAUCGAGGGAAAGAUUAACGGAGCAAAGUACAAUGAGAUCCUUGAUGAAAAACUGCUCCAGAGCGCUCAGGACCUCAGACUGGGGUGAAGGUUCACCUUCCAACAGCACAACAACAUUAAGCACACAGCUAAGACAACGCAGGAGUCACUUCGGUACAAGUCUCUGAAUUUCCUUGAGUGGCCCAGCCAGAGCCUGGACUUGAACCCGAUCUAACACUCCCCAUCCAACCUGACAGAGCUUGAGAGGAUCUGCAGAGAAGAAUGGGAGAAACUCCCCAAAUACAGGUGUGCCAAGCAUGUAACGUCAUACCCAAGAAGAUUCUAGGCUGUAAUCGCUGCCAAAGGUGCUUCAACAAAGUACUGAGUAAAGGGUCUGAAUGCUUAUGUAAAUGCAAUAUUUCCGUUUUUUAUUUUUAAUACAUUUGCAAACAUUUCUAAAAAACAGUUUUUACUUUGUCAUUUUGGGGUAUUUUGUGUAGACUGAAUAAGCUGUAACGUAAAAAAAAUUAAUUUUAUAUUUUUAUUUUUACGUAGAUGCAGUAAAUCGCAUAGUAGGUCAAUUUCCGCAACUAAGAGCGUUGAAGCUCGAGGCUCAACUUCACGGCUGUUUUGGUGCCCUGGCAACCACGCUGCGAACCCUUGCACAUGUGCAGAUACUGUGUGUGACUGAGUGUUUCAUUUCACUCAUCUUAAUAUCUAUUCCUUGAUGACAUGCCCUGCUUUACGGAAGUUGCAAGACAUUGCAAGCCAAGAAAUUGUGAGAUUCCAUUGCAAGCCACAGCUUUUGAUUGUCGAUAGAUAGGCCUAGUGCACAGUUCUGACUCUGCCCUCUCUCUCCGUCCCUCACUAGCUCGCUAUGAAAGAUGCUUGUGUUUGUGUUCUCGGAAGUACGACAAACUAAUCAGACUCCUCCAUUCCAAAAAUGCUGAAUCUUAUGAGUCGAUUCCUAGCGGAAUCUAAUCUUGACACUCCGAGAUGGGAGUUUUCAGCCAUAGAGGCUGCUGGUAAAUACUUGUCUGUUAGGAGAGGUAACACACUGGAUAUCAGGAUCAAUGGGAAAAUAAAGCCUAGGUUACAGCUUCUCCACAGUCCCAUCAGGCCUUCUGUCAGGCCUUCACUGUUGAUUUAACAUGUCAAACAUUCAACUGAGCUCUCUCUCUCUCUCUCUCUCUCAAAACCCUCCUCCUCUAGAACAAUACAAACAAAAAGCGCUAAAAUAUGAAUGUUGUUUUUCUUUCCCCCCCAUUGUCCUCUGGUGGGUCUCAGGGUGGCCAGAAGAUUGACAGGCUGGACGGAGCUCAUGCCCCAGAGCUGACCAAUAAGGUCCAGAGGCUGUCGGUCAGCUCGGGGGGGCUGGGCGGGCCAGGGGUGGAGCCCCCCAAAGAGGACCUUAAUGAGCGUCUGAAGAGACUGAUCAAUGCAGCACCCUGCAUGCUCUUCAUGAAGGGAUCCCCACAGGAACCUCGCUGCGGUAAUGAGAGUGUGUGUGUGUACGUGUCUGCCUGCAUGUGUUGGCGUGAGAAGGAAAAGAGAGCGAUGGAGAGGCAGGCAUGGAGGAGGAGAGGAGGCAGGCAUGGUGGAGGAGAGGAGGCAGGCAUGGAGGAGGCAGGCAUGGUGGAGGAGAGGAGGCAGGCAUGGAGGAGGCAGGCAUGGUGGAGGAGAGGAGGCAGGCAUGGAGGAGGCAGGCAUGGUGGAGGAGAGGAGGCAGGUAUGGUGGAGGAGAGAAGGCAGGCAUGGUGGAGGAGAGGAGGCAGGCAUGGUGGAGGAGAGGAGGCAGGCAUGGAGGAGGAGAGGAGGAAGGCAUAG